AUGGACAACCGGUGUGAAGAACCGAUGGCCCAAGGAUCGGAUACGUCAGAAGAAAGCAACUGGCUCGAUGUCGAGCCUGACGUGGAAAGGGUCGAAAUUGUAUCACUUUUCGACUCCAAAGUCUUUGCCACACUUCCAGAAAUGUUACAAUAUUGCAAACAACAGUAUGGCUUCGAUCUGGUCCAAAAUGUUCAGCGCCUGCAGUUGGACUUCCUGGGAGCAAUUAAGUUGAUAAAUUUCAUUCGCCUGCAGGUGAACAACAAGUCUACUCUGCCUGCCGAAAUUUCUAUUGGGGACAUUGAGGAUGAUGGCUUGCUCAAACCAGUACUAUCGAACGACGCUGCCAUUUUCUCUCUCGACGAAGUGUUGGGAUCCCCAACAGAAGCCCAGAUGGGAACAUCAGACGCAAUGGACGACUCAUACAUUGAUCUGCAGAAGAACAACAGACGUCUUGAAGUCGAACUAGCUUCCAUCCGUGAAAGCUUUGCAAACUAUCGCUUGGCUGUGGAAGAAACGCUGGAUCGUCGUUGGGGCGUCAAUGAUAUUCCAGGUCCAUCGCCGAACGCGAAAGAAAAAGACCCCUCGGGAUACUACUUCGAAUCUUAUGCAGCACACGACAUACACGAGACCAUGCUCAAGGACACCGUUCGUACGGAUGCAUAUCGGGACUUCAUAUACGAGAAUAAGCAUAUUUUUAAAGACAAAGUAGUACUUGAUAUUGGUUGUGGGACUGGAAUUCUUAGCAUGUUUUGCGCCAAGGCUGGCGCAGCAAAGGUGAUAGCCGUUGACAGAUCGGACAUCAUUGACAAAGCCCGCGAAAAUGUCUUCAACAACAGCUUUUCCGAUGUUAUAACAUGUGUGAGAGGCAGUAUCGAAGAUGUUGAGCUGCCAGUUACAGAAGUCGAUAUCAUCGUCAGUGAAUGGAUGGGUUACUGUCUACUCUACGAAGCAAUGCUGCCAAGUGUGCUAUACGCACGGGAUAAAUAUCUCAAACCUGAUGGCCUUCUAGUUCCUAGCUCAGCGACACUGUGGAUUGCCCCAUUGAAGGACGAGGCAUAUGUGUUGGAUCAUAUUUCAUAUUGGCACGAUGUCUAUGGCUUUGAUAUGAAAGCAAUGCAAGAGGGCAUUUUCGAUGAGGUUCGUAUACAAAGCAUGCCAAAUUCGUCACUUUGUGGUCAACCCUACCCUUUUAGAGUUCUGGACCUCUAUUCAACACGUCCAGAAGACCUUACGUUCACAGCCAGAUGGGAAACGGAGCUAGACAGCGGUACGGACAACAUCGAUGGAUUUCUUAUUUGGUUUGACAACUUUUUUUGCCCGUCCAGAUCUGACCCAGUCCCUGAAGCAACCGCCACGGCGGCUAAAUGGGCUGCUGAGUCCCCAGGUCAUGUGGCUUUUACCACUGGCCCUGACGGCCAGGAGACUCAUUGGAAACAGGGUCUGCUUCUAACAGGUUCACGGAUGUCCCCAGAUUCCGUUGAAGCCCCCAGCCGUCUGGGGGGGCAAAUUACAUUCUCUGCUGCAGCGGACAAUGCACGAGCGCUCACGCUACGCCUGAAUUGGUCAACUGGGCAUGAAGAAAGAGAGCAAAGUUGGGAACUCAAAUAG